AUGAGGUCAAAAUUCCUGGAUAAUAUUAUAAAACCGCGCAAAGCGUCCGCGAAACAGGUUCCAGAUGUUGAACCGUAAGUUUAUUUGGCUUGAUUUAUUUAGCAUCAAAGUUUAGCUUGAUUUUUAAAGCUUGUUGUCGGUUUUUUGGGCUUAUGAGUCAUGAAUAAUGUAAAUUUUUGGCGUAGAAUGAAAACCGAUUUUUUAGACUCGGACAUAGAUCAUGGCCAGUGAUGCCACAGCCCAGGACAGCUCUUUUCUCGGAAUGCACGCUCUUUCUUUACUCUAUCUUUGCAUUAUUUAUUCAAUAUCUUAACUUAUACAAGACCUUGUGGUGGCUUCCAAAAUCUCAUUGGCAUGGAGUUUUUGUAAGUGUCUGUAGCAAGCAGUAUAAGUCUAAUUUGUUGGUUUAGAAGACAUACUUGAUCAAUCCAUACGUUUUGUCGUGCAUUGGACUUCUUUUGGGAAUUCGAGUAACAAAAUGUUUCUGGCAAACGGUAAAUGUUAAUUUCCUUGCUUCGAAGUUUAGGUAACACUGGCUAAAUGGUCUAACUUGUGUGUUAUUUUUUCCAGAUCACCAAGAAGUUUGAUUCUCUCAAUCCUUUAUGUGAUUCUGUCUUUUGGAGUAUCGUGGAGUAUGCAUUUAUCAAAUCGCCAUUAUGCACAAUGAUCACGGCCAGUUUUAUGUUUAGUAUGACCAGGAUAACGAGAGAGUUUGGUUAUACAUCUGCGGUGCUGCUUAUUACUCCGUAAGUCUCUUUUAUGACUUAUUGUUUUUUGUUUUUAGACUUCUCCUUCACGGUGUAUAUGAACUGUGGUUUAUUCGAAAAGACCUCAGAAAAGUCUCGUUUUCUCCUUGGAGUAUCUAUAACGGAAUUACUUAUCAAGGUCUAAUGGGUAUUCGAAGUCCAACUUCGAUAGACUAUGGGCUAGAUCUCCAGCAUGAGUGUGGUAUGUGAAGUAAUAUGGAAUAUUGAUGUUUCAGCAAAUAAAUGCUCACCGCAUGCUGCAAUGGCCGAGAAGUUGCACGAGAUUAUCAAAUGUCGAGUGCUUAACUGUCUGCUUAUCGCAUUUUAUACGGCUUACUACUCGAUUUACUUGCCAAUCAUCUUUGUUCCGGUGAGUCGCUUUUAUCAGACUCAAGAAUUUUCGUUUUUUAGAGUAAAACUCUCUCCGGUUUGAGCCAGCAUUUCUACCGUGAGACCGUCUGGUACGAAUUUAUGUUUGUGAACGUCUUUUUCACGACUUUCUUUAUCUACGCCCUAUAUCAGCUUCCGAUUCAACUUCUCCAUCAAGCAUAUCAAACAGCCCUCCACCUGGGGUAUUACACGAACCCGGAGACACGACAAGCUCCGGUUGCCGCUGUUGUUGGAGAUGAUGUCGCUUGUGAUGGGGCCAAAGUGGUGGGUUCAGAUAAUAUUGUUUAUACGGCGAAAUGUCAUCGACAUUGGUAUGAAGUCGCAGCCACACCAGGAAAUAUGAAGCAUAGCUUGUUUUAUGUAAGUUGAAUAGCUAAAAAUGGUCAAAAUGAGAUAAAAAAAACAAUCUUUGAUUAAAAAAAUCAAAAUUUUUUUAAUUUUGCAGAAAUUUUUCAACAAUCCCACAUCACUUUUCAAAUAUUCCUGUUAUGUCCAAGGAAUGCUGAUUGCCAUUCAAUUCCAUAACUUGGUCAUGGCUACUGAUUGGCAACAUAUUUGCACCUUGGUCAUGCUAAUGUUUGCCAAUUAUGUCUGUUUCUUCGUGUAUUUCCGCGAAUACAUUGUUGUGAGAUACAUAUAUUCGGACGAAAGAAAGGCCCCAGAUGAUAGAAGGUAUUAUUUAAACCGGAAUUAA